AGCUUACCCAGUAACAUCAUGAUAAGCAUUACGUGUGGCUCGGAAGGGAGGGCGCACGCGCUCAGAUCGUGGGUGAUUUCAAUAGAAAGCUGAACAGUGAAAAGAGACGCAGCCUUGACUACUCAUCCAGCGCGCACUGCAUAACAUUAUGUCGGCUUCACCUGUUGUUCCUGUCGACAUACACGGUGAGUAUAUCUCUUACAAGCUGCACGUUUCAUUCAGAAAAUGCAUCAUUAGGCGACGUAUUUUUAGGGUAUUGAUGUGUUUACGCGCUUUCGCUCCUCUAAAAUAAGCCUUCUCUCAUAUAUAUAUAUUUUUUAAACGUGAUAAGGCGAAUUAUUUUAAAAACAAGUCAAACACAUAUGGCGGUACAAAUCCACACAGCGCGUACACGGGAAAUUGAAAAAACUCUCCCUUCCUCCUCUUCCUGCCUCGCCUGGAGGUAAAAAUGUUUAUCAUGUCGUCGUGUUGCCGCGAUUUGAGCAAAGAAAAGAGGAAAACAGGAGAAGUGACCUCCUCUAAAAUCGAAAGCAGCUUACACGUGUCAGAUAUUGGGGAGUCUUUCUGGCUUUUUAACCUCCCGAGAGAGAGAAACUUCGGUGCAGCAACAGGUGGCAUGUUUUUUUUUUUUCUUUCCCGGGCCGGAGUCGAGACGAAAGGCUGGAGGAGGAAGGAAGGAGAUGGACGCGGAGGAAAAGUAGGGCGUCAUUCAGCACCGAGACAGUGGACAGCUCCCACAUCGAGGGUUACUUCUUUCUUUUCAGCAACAGUAUGGACGGAGUGUCAGCGUUAUUCACUGCUCUUUGUUGACAUGUGUUGUGUAAAUUUCUUAGUUGGUUUUGAAAGUGAUUAGAUGAUUUUUGGUUGGCAGGUCCCUCUGUAGUAACAACAGAUUCUUUUCCAAAUGAGUUUAGGGGCCAUUAUUGAUUAUUUCCUCUGGGUCUCCUCUUGGACUAAAUAGUGUCCUCUCUGUGUCCUCUCAGCUCUCCACUCCUCUUUUCUCUAGUUUGCACCCUUCCUUACAUCUUUCCUUAUUACCUUCCUUCCUCCCUCCCUUCCUCUCUCUCUAAACUGUCCCCAUCUUCCCAUCCCCCUCUUCCACUGACUCCCAGUCUUGUUGCAUAGCUACCAGCUCAGAAACAUACUGGAGAUGCAGGACAAUCCGUCUGUCUCUUCUCUCUUUCAGUACAAUUAUGACACACGAAUCACUUGUGGAGUUGACGCUCUUUAUCUGUGUUUUUAUAAAUCGAAAUUAUGCACAGAUUUCAAUGCAUAUGCUCAACAGCAUUUAUUCUAAGUGCUAUGCUGUGUUUCUCUCUCUUCCUCCCCCCUCCUCCUUCUGUCUCCCUCUUUUGAGAGGAGCUGAAAGGUUGGCAUUACAACAACAAAGGAAGGAUGGAAUGUCAACAGGCUUCAGAGAGAAAUGGGUUUGAUGGAAACACAGAGACAGGAACCACAUGUCCGACAUCUAAAGUUCACAACCUAUCAACACAUCACUCUAGAUGCCCUGCAAAAAGCUGUGACACAUACUGAAACGUUUUUUUGACUCUGAAGUCUUCGCAGGUGGCGAUAGAGGAUCGAUACAUCACAUGUAGCAUCAGAACAGUUCUGGGGAGAUUCAAGCUGAAGUGUUUCAAGGCCCCGUGUUGUUACAAGCUUGUUUCUCUUUUCUUUUAUUGCAGAAUGGAGCAGUGGAUGUGGCACUCCAGAGGAUGGAAGUGUUGUCGUUGCUGAGUGGAAGACUAGUGAUUUUGUUGUGACGCUGAUCAAAGAACAACAAGUCCCAGUCUGCCUCUCAGCACAAGCAGAGCUCUUCAGUUUACGUCUGCUUUCACCUGCAAAAAUCAGAAUGUACUCCCAUUUCUGUCAUGUCUUUGUCACUGACUUUUUUCUCCUAUUUAUUCAGCUGCAAGAGAACAAAAAAUGCCCUUAAAAACACGCUGAUUCAUCCUUGGCUGCAUGGAGAAGUGUGACAGGGUACAGCCUUCGCGUUCAGCAAUUUCAAAUCAAAAGCGUCUUUUAAUCACGCCCAAUGAAAAGUCACUGAAACAAGAGCUCACACUCUGAAAACGAAGUCAUUUACUUUCACUCUUAACCAUUUUUCAGUGUUCAAUUCUGUACUUUUCACCACCUGUACUUAAAUAUUUCUCCUUUUCGCUGUUUUUAAUUUUUCUGAAUUAAAAGCUUAUCACAAACCUCA